AUGGACGACUCUCGUACUCCCCCUGACCAGGCGGCGGCUUCUGGUACCGGCAGUGAUGCCGCCAGUGUUUCUCCCCAGGCUCCCCAGCCUUCCACAACCUCAGUUGGGAACAGCAAUACCGAUCCUAAUCUCAAUGGCCCGUUGCCGCUCCGACCUGGUCACGAGCUACCUUUCGUUGCGCCAUCAUCCUACCUUCGUCCCAAACUAAGCAGUCGCACAAUGUCAGAUAAGACGUCAAAUCCCCUGGACAAGGAGCAGAUGCAGGGUCUGAGAGGGGUUCGCGAGUUCCUCAAGGUCCGCACCAGCUACGAUGUCCUGCCGCUCUCCUUCCGCCUAAUCAUACUUGACAACGAUCUGCUCAUCAGAAAGAGUCUGAAUAUUCUGAUCCAAAACGGCAUUGUCUCGGCGCCGCUCUGGGACUCGCGUAACGGAACAUUUGCUGGCUUGCUUACUAGCACCGACUACAUCAACGUCAUCCAGUACUAUUGCCAGUUCCCCCAUGAGAUCGACCAAGUCGAUCAGUUCCGGCUGAGUAGCCUUCGAGAUAUCGAAAGGGCCAUUGGUGUCCUGCCGCUCGAGACCGUAUCCGUCCAUCCCAUGCGCCCAUUGUACGAAGCCUGCCGAAGAAUGCUUAAGACGCGAGCUCGGAGAAUUCCCUUGAUCGACACGGACGACGAGACCGGCCGAGAGACGGUUGUCAGCGUGAUCACGCAAUACCGCAUCCUGAAGUUCAUUGCGGUCAACAACGAGCAGCAUACAAUGUUGCUAAAGAAGCCCGUGAGGGAGAUUGGCCUGGGGACCUACACCGACCUCGCUACGGCCACCAUGAACAGCUCCGUUUUGGACGUCAUUCACCUCAUGGUCAAAUACAACAUCUCGGCUGUGCCAAUCGUCGACAAGGAUAACCGAGUUCUCAAUCUCUUUGAAGCCGUCGACGUCAUCCCCUGUAUCAAAGGGGGUGCGUAUGACGAGCUGACAGCGACCGUUGGUGACGCCUUGUCCCAGAGAGCUGAAGAUUUUGCAGGAAUCUACACAUGCAGUGAAGAGGACCGCCUGGACUCGAUAUUCGAGACUAUCCGAAAGUCUCGAGUCCAUAGGUUAAUUGUUGUUGACGAUGACAGCCGCCUCAAAGGCAUCAUCUCUCUCUCGGAUAUCCUCAAAUACGUGUUGCUCUACGGCGAGGAAGAGGAUGACCUACAGGAGUAUUAA